GUCGAGGUUGAGGAGACGCCGGAAGAAGAGGAGGAGACCCAGCCAGAGGAAGACAUGGAGACGGCAGCAGAGGAAGAGGAAACUGCACCUGAAGUAGAAGAGCCUCCUCCUACAACAGAAGAGCCUGAAGAAGGAGAGCCUGCAGAAGAAGAGCUAACAGCUGCAGAUGAAGAUGACUCCAAACCCAAACCAAAGGCGUUUGCUCCAUCUAUAGCUGUACCAAAGAUCCCAGAGGGAGAAAAAGUCGACUUUGAUGACAUCCACAGGAAGCGUCAGGAGAAGGAUCUGUCUGAGCUGCAGUCUCUGAUCGAGGCCCACUUCAUCCAGAGGAAGAAGGACGAGGAGGAGCUCAUCGCUCUCGUUAACAGGAUCGAGAAGCGACGUGCUGAGAGGGCCGAGCAGCAGAGGAUCCGUACUGAGCAGGAAAAGGAGAGGCAGGCUCGACUUGCUGAAGAAAAGGAAAGAAAGGAGCAAGAGGAGGCACGGAAGAAGCAGGAUGAGGAUGCCAAGAAGAAGAAGGCUCUGACUAACAUGACCCAGCAGUAUGGUGGAGUGGCACAGAGGCAAGAUGGAAAGAGGGGAGCAAAGAAGCAGACAGAGAGAGAGAAGAAGAGGAAGAUCCUGGCUGAGAGGAGGAAGCCUCUUAAUAUCGAACAUCUCAGUGAGGACAAACUGAAGGAGAAGGCCAACGAGCUGUGGCAGUGGCUGAUGACGCUGGAAGCGGAGAAAUUUGACCUCAGCGAGAAACUGAAGAAACAGAAAUAUGACAUCAAUCAGCUCCUGGCACGUGUCCAGAACCACCAGAGCGCCAAAGGAAGAGGCAAGGCCAAGGGCAGGGUGAGAUAGAUGCAGAAAUCAGCGGGAGCUCUUCGAGGAAGCUUCUGAAAAUGAGCAGCCUUGUUGACUUUGACAGCGUUAAUGUAUGUUUGAAUAAUGAAGCAGCAUUAC